AUGAGAGCAGCAAAUGAUGUUUGGUCAAAAAUUUUAGAUGAUAUGGAACAAAGGGGUUGUGUUGGAAAAUCCCUACCACUGGCAUGUCAAAAUUAUCCGACAACAAUCACCCAUGUUAGUAACGACUAUGAUUUCAACAAAGCGCCGAACGGUGGCUGCAACGUCCUCUGUGGAACAAGACUGGUUUGUGGUCAUAGAUGCGAGCAGCUGUGUCAUCCAACUGAUCCUAAUCACGAAGAAUACGUCUGCAGGAAACCAUGUCCAAAAAAAUGCGAACGUGGUCAUCGGUGUAAACGUCGUUGCUACCAGGAGUGCAAUAAAUGUAUGGAUGAGACUUUCAAGGUUGUCCCCCGUUGCCGACAUGUUCUCGCCAUGCCCUUUCAUCAGGAUCCCUCCACUUUUCAGUGUACCAAGCCAUGUCCAAAGAAGCUUCGUUGUGGUCAUGCAUGUCCAAAUAAAUGUGGAGAACCUUGCGCAAGAAAAUGCAUAGAGGAGGUUCUCAAACGUUGGUCUCCAUGCCACCAUACAUGCAAAACUCGAUGUCAUGUUGAUCCUGCAAAGACCGAGUGCCCGCAUCCUUGUAAAAGUUUACUGACAUGCGAACACAUCUGUCAAGGAACAGUAAGUAAUUGAGCAUUAGUGAGCUUAAAUUAGGCAAGCGACGUGUUUUUCAACACGGACGUCGCCCGAAAAUUGAUAUUCACCGUACUGUACCGUGCCGAAACAAAAUCGUAUGUUCUGUCAAAUGUGUUGAAGAUUACCACAAACUCGCGUGUUGACACUUUACAAAACUUUACGAAAUUAUACUUUUUCCAAAUUUGAGAUUCUCUGCAAUAAACCACACGCAAGGAAGUGAAGUAUAUAUGGCUCCUCACAAAUUUUUGUAUGGCAUUCCUAUAAUGCAGAAUUCAAGUUACUCGAAUGUGAAUAGCAUUUUUAAUAAGGUUCGUGAUAAAAUGAGUUAUUUAUUUUGUGCUUCAAUUCAAAAUUCUGAACAUGCAAUGGGGUGCCAUCAUGUAUUAUUAGAACACCUUGAUCAAUAGUUUUCUACAUAUACCGGUCUUCGAUUUAUCUGGUUGCAAAUCUCAGAUAUAAUCAAAAUUGUUAUAUUGCCCUAUACCAACAUACAAUACCUUGGGAUAAAUGUAAUAUUUUUCAAUAAUAUUUCAAUCAUAACGUACUUGGGCAAAACAUUGCCACGUAGUGCUACCUCUAUCUUCAGUUUCUACGGUCCGGAAAACCAAGGCAAACCCUCUAAUUGUACAUUUGACGUCCAAUUUUCGUCACAAUUCAACCAAAAUGUGAUUACAAAUUUUCGAAACACUUCGGUAGAAUUUUAGGUCAUCCUGCUCACAGACAAACAAACCCACACAAAAAUAUAACAUUACGGAGAUAAUAACAUUUUCAGCAAGUAUAAACUGCACGUCAUAUGAAUACACCAACAGAUUUUUUCAGCUAUGUGGAGCAUGGUUUCUUAAUAAUUUUAGAACUACUCUCAAUUUUCUACGAUUUUUUUGCUUAUUUUAGGGACUUGUGGUGGAUGCAAACAAGGACGGGUUCAUCAACCUUGUGCUUCAAAAUGUGGCCGUGUCAUGUUUUGCGACCACAACUGCAAAGUGCCUUGUACAAAAAACUGUCCACCAUGUCCUGAAAAGUGCGAAAACAGGUGCUCUCAUAGCGAUUGUCACUACAAAUGUGGACAGCCAUGUACGGAAUGCAACGAACCUUGCCAGUGGAAGUGCAGGCAUUGGGAAUGCACCAAGUUAUGUGGUGAGAUGUGUAACCGGCCUCGCUGUAGCGAGCCAUGUAUGAAAAGAUUGAAGAAAUGUGGUCACCGGUGUGCUGGCCUGUGUGGCGAACCAUGCCCAAAGAAGUGUCUGGUUUGCGACAAAGAUGAACUGACCGAAAUUUUGUUUGGCUAUGAGGAUGAAGAAGGAGCAAGAUUUUUAGAGUUAGCUGAUUGUGGCCACGUAUUUGAAGUGAAUGGAAUGGAUGGCUAUAUAGACACGCAAGAGAAGGAGAUGAAAAAAGGUCAAUCUACAAGCAUACAGAUGAUCAAAUGCCCAAGAUGUAAAAAAGCAAUACGCACAAGUCUGAGAUAUGGUUUGUAUUCCAAAUAUAUAUUUUAUCCUAUUAAAUGAGUUACGAUAAUCUGUAUCGAUUUGAGCUUACUAAUAUUAGUGGGGCGGAUAAGCGCACAGUUUCUCAAUAAUUGUGCAUGCAGUUAGUGAUUCGGAAAGCAUGAUGAUAUAUUGACAGUAUGUACAGACUUUAAAACAAGUAUAUGAAUAUCAGAUAUGCAGGCAUCUGUGAAAUUAAAGCUGAUAACUAAAAAUUUUGAAUUUCUGACAUUUUAAUAUAAACUGGCUUUUAUUACUGAUAGAAAUUUUAAAAUUCCAAGGCAGCUCACAGAAAAAAAGUUGUAUGGUUGAAACGUACACAAAAAUUGUCUAUAGAAUAUUAAUUAAUUAAAGCAGUUUUUGAUUUGCCAAUUAAGUCGUUUUUAAGUUAAUCAAUUUCGAAAUCGCACAAAAUAGAUAAAAAGUAGGUGCAAAGACUGGCACUAGCUUCAAAUCGCUUUUUGCUCAGGAAAUAUUUGGAAAAUAAAAACUGCUUCAAUGUUCUGUAUGCAUUUGUGUCUAUUAUUUUGCCAUAGAAGUGAUAAAACUCAUUUUUCUAGUGAAUUAAGUACUUCAGAAUUCGAGCAGUAGUAGAAAUGUAUAAUAAAAUGUCAGAAAUUCCAAAUUUUUUGCUAUUAGCGCUAAUUUCACAGAUGCCUCCAUAUCUGAUAUGCAUAUACUUGUGUCAAAGUCUACACGUCCUAUCAAUAUGAUGGUUUCCCUACAAAAUGCACAAUAAACUUAUCCGCCCACUAUAUUGAAAUAUAUAGUUUUCUCGUUUUCCAUUUUUGCCGACGUUUUAAUACCUAAUAAUACAGUUUGAAUACGAGUGAUUCCCUCCAUAUACAGGUGUACUGUAUAGUCCAAUUAUUGAAUAUUAGAUUCAGACGGAACCAAAGUAUAAAGUCUUUCAGUAGAAGUAAUAUAUGAGGGAUAUUAGAGGGUUGCGAGGAGAUAUGGAUUUUAUGUUCGAGUCGCAAAAACAAUAUUUUGACACGAGAACAUAAAUCCAUAUCUUCUUUACUUUAAGCUCCCGCCAUUUUGACGAGUCGUAUUUGCAUUAAAUCCCAUUUACUGAGUUUCGAAUAUCGGGUUAAAAUAAACUGCGAUACCGUACGAGAAGCAUUUUGACGGAUGCGAUUUAUCGAAAACACAAGGAGUGCAAUGGAAUAAAACGUAUAGUACAACUGCACUCGCAAGAGUGCAAUGGAACGUAUUCCAUUGCACUCUUGGGAAAUGGAAUUUUCUAUUCAAUAUCACGUGACCAUAAACAGCCAAUUAAACGAUCAGAAUUCAAUAAGGUAUUAUAUAAAUUUUUAUAUAUCCCUGACAAAGGUGUGCAACGAUCUUUUUCUAUACUUUAGGAAAUAUCAUCAAGGCAAUCCUUCAUGACUUUGAAGGAGUUAAGAAAACCAUAUCUUCUAGAGGUGCUGCGUCUAUGAGAAUGUUUGGAGCAAAAGUGAGACAAGAUAUUGCGAGCGGCGACACGGUAACCGAGUUUCCCGCAGAAAUCUUAAACAUCGAACGAAAGUUAGAAAGAUUAACAACAAGCGAAGAACAAAAUGUCAUUAAAAAUCAAGUUCAAUUCCUGAAAUUUAUGACCAAAUUGAAAGAAAUUAUCAACCAAGCAGAAUCAGUGAAGCGCGGACCUGUUCAUCACAGAAAUUAUUUUUGGGAAGCUAACGUAAGUGUCGAUGAUCCAGAAAUAGAAUUGAUGAAGUGUGAACUGGAUGGCUUGUUGAAAUGGGUAACCAGGGAUCGGAGGCGAUUCAGCGAGCAAGAACUGGAGGAAUUUAACGAAGAACUUCAUCGUGCGUGGCUGAUGCUCUCAUACCUGGCUUUAAAAUUAGAAAUAAGAAAAGGAAAGAUCAGCCUAUCCGAAAGCGAGACUAGAUAUAUGGCAUACGUGACGGGAAAUCUUGAAACUGGAGCUAAACUUAGUAAGUAGAUUUUCGGUCGUACAAAAGCCUCGUGCGUACGCACCCGAGGUGUUAAAUUACGCCAAACAUGCGUGCGAUUUCCAUUUAUACUUCUCAAUCAAUAUAACUUCCAAUACAAAUUGCACUUCACUAUUACUAGAUAAUAGUUAGUUCAUUGCAAUUCCCUGUAAAAUGUUAUUCCGUUGGCGUAUUUCAAGACGUACAGCGCCCUGCGUAUUUUUAAUUUUCUGCCCGUAUGGCUCGUAUAAGCAGGGCCCUUAUAUGUCUCCAGUGAAAUAUUUUAUUUUCUUGCUCUUGUUCAUGCACCUUUUUCCUACAAGCCAACAACCACGUAAUCCGGCCUUAUAAACAUGUGUUUAAGUGCAACAUUUAAUUAAGUUACUGUAUGUAUUUAGGCGAGAAGAUUAAAAAGAAUUGCUCAACAUGUCUUGAGCACAUUACACGUAACAAAGCACUCGGCGUAAAGUACACAGCCAUAACUGAAGAGGAAAAGAAAAUCAUUGUGAAAGCCAUUGGUCUCGCGCAGGGUCACUGGUUUAAAUGUCCUAAAGGUAAAUGAUAUAGCAAGCAGCUAAUAACAAAAAUUUGGUUUGUAUGAAUGCAACUAUCCGAAAAAUACAAGGAGAAAAUUAUAUGUUUCGAAAAAAAAUAAUUGAUUUUUUCAUGUCCCUGCUAUACUAACUUCCCGACAAAGGAAGCAUUAAUAUAUAUGCGUUGUUUGAUAUUUUUCACUAUAAGAUAAAAUUUUGG